CAGACACAAGCGACUGGUGUCUGUGACCAGCACGCACAGUACGCAGAGUAGCAUAUUUGCACCAAGAGCAUCCCAAUCGCAAUCGAGUAUACUGCCCAUGACCAGCGGCGAACUGCCCUUUGUGGAACUAUUAGAGGAGAUACCUGAGUUUAUAAUAGGAACACAUGUUCACUCAGAGCCAGGUACAUAUGUUAAUGAUGUUGAUGCGGGUGUAGAUGAAGCACAUAAACCACAUAGGAAUACUACGGACGGGUGUGAAGAGAAAGGCGACAAUCACUGCCAAUUAAGCGAUCUAUCUACUGGCUCGGUGAGGACCAAAGCAAUUGCGUGUACACAGCAUAAUAGUAGAGCUGAAGAUGGCACAAGAAGCACACUUAGCUGUCUUAGUGUAGAAAGGUAUGCCACGGGAUCGUCUCCGAAGAGCGAAGUGUCCUAUACUAGCUGUAACACAUACAGGGAAGGGUCGGAUGCUAAUGCUACACUAAGCGGGAUCGCAGGGUUGGGCUUGGACAAUACAACUGAUACCAGUUGCAGGGGUUAUAGUGCAGAUGAACGUUUACUAGCCGGCAGUACAAUGCACGAGAGCACAGAGACUGUGAGCACUGGGAUAGGGAUUAAAGCAUUAGCUGGAGAAAUGAAUAGAGGCCUAGGGACUGAGGUAGACGUAAACAUCCCCGCGGCGAGUAGUUAUCUCUAUUUAGAACAGAAACAAACAGAUGGAAGCUCGACGAGCGAGGACCGAUGGAAGCGCCACACACAGGCUACACGUUUGUUGACCAGGCCACAGUCCACACCAAAUCAUAUAGGCAGUUUAUUGGCGAAUAGUAUCGAUAUGGCCAGUUUCGUACCCAUGUCUUGUAGGAAAGGGAGUGGAUAUGGAUACCGUAUGAAUGCCGUGGAAGCCUCUGAAAUACCAGCGGUGGUUGAGCGAGACAUUUCUGAUAUGGGGAUAAGAGGUUGGGUUGGGGUUCAUGCGAGUUCGAAUGUAGAGAAAGAGGUAUACUCAGGCAAGAGGUGCGAUAUAGGUUUUAGUCAAGAAUACGGCGAAGUUUACCGAUCGGAGGGGAAUGGUAAUAUAGCAGAUGCGGAUCAGUGGGCGGAUGACAGUUGCAAGAUAGGUCUUACCAUGCAAGGAGCGCUACCAGACGAUCUUAAUCACAACACGGUAGAAAUCAGUGCCAGUGACAAUGGUAUCGACUGGACUAAUACGACGCUAGGGAAGAGUGAGCGAGACAAGGCAAAAACCAAAGAGAAAGACAAAGAGAGGGGGAAAGACAGAGAGAGAGAUAGUAGUUAUGCCAAAGAGACAUCCGGAUUCUUCAGGCGGAUGAAGGGCAUAUCGAGUGCGGUACUGCCCAAGAUUGACGAUAUAUCGAUCAAGGACAAGAGCCCCAAGUCGGGCAUACGACCACAACUCGCAAGUGGGGCAAGUGGCGGUAGCAGUAAGUAUAAAGUUUCGGAAUUGAAGAAUUUAGGCAGUGACAAGGAAAGGUUAUGCCAGGAGACGACCGUGGAUUUUGAGGCUUCGUGGGAGACUAAGGAUGACAACAUCGUUCAGUACAGAGAUGUACUGGGUGCAAGCAGCAUAGAUAUGAUCGCUACGAGCAAGCACAUGCGCACAUAUAACACUGACCCGGAUUUAUUGGGUGAUCGGGGUAGAGACGAGGGAUGGGGUUCAUAUGAGAGAGCUCACGAAAAAAGGCUUGCUGGUCUUAAAAUAGACGAGAAGAGUACAAAGAUGGUUUCAAAACGACCUGCCUCCAGUUGCAGUCAAAAACGAAAGCCUGUGUUGUCGAACCACGAAUCGCUGCAAACAUUAGAUAUACAUUACUCAGACGGUGAGUUCAGAAGUUAGCGAGAGUUUGUCGGGUAUUUUAUAGGCUUUAAUUUAUAGGCGCCCCAAUCAGAACCAAUACGGCAAGCGCUGGAAGUUAAUAUAUGAAUGCAAUGUACACUAGCUGAAGGCUAAGAGCCAGUAGAUCAUAAAAAGCAAUAUACCCUCGCAGACUAUUAGAUCAUCGCACAGGUGACACCAUUCACUCGGUAUUCGUGUCUUAGAAUACCAUCAUCAAGCGUGAUGCAGUAGUCACUAUAUCCUGCUUAGCUCAGCCAAAUAAACGUCCAUAAACAGUUGG